AUGAUUUCCAUUACAAAUUUAAUCAAAUUUCUCUUCGUUUUUACAUUUCUCAUUUGCUGUCAAAUUCAAUUGACAUCAGGUAGUGCAAACACCCAAGAUAUCAAUGAUAUGGACUUCAAUGAUCAUCUCUACGAAACAUUACCUGCUGAACGUCGGCUAUUCCAUGAAAAUUUUCGUCGUGCAUCGUUACGUUAUCAACCGCAUGUUUUAUACAAAAAAGCCAGCCUUCGACCCAUCAUUGGCCAGAAUGGUAAACUUACAUUUGUCAAACGAGAUCAAUUUUAA